AUGUGUAAGUACCAUGGUACUCAUAGGCAUAAGAUCGAGGAUUGCAGACAGCUUAGAGAGGAGGUUAAUCGUGUUUUAGUGGAUCCAGGUAGCUCGGCGAACAUAAUUAGAUCGAAGGUCGUGAAACAACUCGGUCUGCAAGAUCAAAUUGUACCUGCAUCCCGGGUGUUGAAUGGAUUCAACAUGGCAAGUGAAACAACGAGGGGAGAAAUUAUCUUGCCUAUAAGCAUAGCCGGGACCAUGCAAAGCACCAGGUUCCAUGUCAUCGAAGGUGACAUGAGGUAUAACGCACUCCUUGGGGGGUCGUGGAUACAUAAUAUGAGGGCAGUCCCUUCGACUCUCCAUCAGAUGAUAAAGUUCCAAACAGAGGAAGGAGUGAAAACACUCCACGAAGAACAGCAUGCUGCAAAAGAUAUGUUCGCAAUUGAAGAAGCGGUGUCGAUACUGAAACCCUUGACCUCGGAGACAUCGACCUCUAAAGGUAAGUAG